UAUACUAUCAGAAGGACGCUCGUUCGCGUCGCUGUAGUCCUUAAUUCUCUCUCGGGUUCGUGCGCUGACUAUACACCGUUUCUUUUGCGCGCACUUUCGCUAAAGUUACCUUUUGUUAUUACCGACCGUCUUGCGCAGCUGUUUUGGAUUUGUGUCACCCAGUGUGAGAGCAAUAUUGGAAAUAAACGCCAGUUGGAUCACCUUAAAAGAAGAAACUGGUACUAUUAUUUAUGAAGCGCAACGGGCGAACUGCACUGUGUACUUCCUCGGCGGGGGUUUACGCAAGGUGAAAUGAACUGUCAGGGAACUCGCGAUCCUUCAGUCUUUAUAGAGGGAAAGCAGUGAAGACGAUUUUAUGUUUGCUUUUUGUCCCUAUGGUACCUGGCCAGUGUAGAAAAGGACAAUUUCUAUUUUCAGAUCGGAUACACCGUACAUCGAAUGGGAUUUUGGUUUUGCGCUUUCUGCGAUAAGCGAUCCAUUCAACUCUUUUAAACUUUUGUCAUUGAACAUUCCUCUUGCGAAGACGAUGGGGCUUGAUUGCACGUCAGUGACGUCGAGACAUGUGCUUUUUUGGUUUGUCAUAGUAUAUUAUAUUGUUUCAGCCAUGGCCUGCAGUGGUGUCUAUGAAAGGACCAUCGAGGAGCUCUGCAUGACCAAGUUUAAGUUCGACAUGGACGAGUUGGACCAAGGCCUGUGGUGCAGCUGGGAAGACACAAUAGAGACGUACGGGGAACUGACCAACUGCACCUUCCUGAUCGCGCACAAGAUGGGCUGCUUCUGGCCGAACCGGCUGGUGGACGAGUUCUUCAUCCGCGUGCACCGCGCCUACUUCCCCGCCUGCGCCCCGUCGGGCCGUCAGCUGCGGGACCCGCCCAACCGCAUCCUGGGGCCCUUCAUCGUGGUGCCCGUCACGGUGACGCUGCUCAUGACCGCCCUGGUGGUGUGGAGGAGCAAGCGCAGCGAGGGCAUCGUGUAG